CAGGGAUAUUUUUAGCGCGCCCCCCCUGACAGAUACGUUUAGUACAUUUUUGAAACACCAUCGGUAGGUAACUUCAGUUUGUCAAGACGUUGAGAACAGUUUGGGUGCUUUUUCCAAAAUGAAAGUUACGGUGUAAGCUCUGAUUAAUAACGGUCUCUUAGGUAAAUGCAUCUAAUUAAUGAAUAUGCAAAGAAACAUCCGUGACGAUACGAGGUACAUUUGUGAGAAUGGGAAGUGUUUUGAAAAUACUAAAAUACAGUGAAAGAAAAGUAUCGUUGCUAUCUGUGCGGUGUAUUGCAUAGGAAUGGUAUCGCCGUCCAAAAUUCAGCAUCCAGAACACAAGCAGUCACCAAAAGAAACGAAACCCAGCAAGCAUUCACAUGGUCAUACACAGAAAAAUUUGAAACCAUUGGAAGGAAAGUCAUUUUAUUUGGAUAUAAAGAAUCAUGCUACUACGACCAAAAUAGAAACAAAAAUCAAAGACUUGGGAGGGGUAAUAGAAUUAUUUUUAGUACGAAGCGUAAGCCUGGUAAUUAGUGACAGGGUAGAUAAAAGUGGUUACGUAAAUUUUGAAAAACAUAAAUGGGGUUGUGCCAGUGGAGGCAGCGGGGGACCUCCCUCGCUGAGGAGUUUAGAAACUCCAACCCCUGUGCCAACUCCUCCAACAUCAUUUUUUAGUCCUGAAUGCCCCUUAUCCAAUACAACUAAUAUACGGGGUCAAACUACCCAAAGAUCUAAAUCGCGAGUGGAUGCAAUGUUGGAACGUGCUCUGACACAGCCACAACAGUGUUCCGUGGAUCCGCUUUACAACGCCCAAAGUUGGGGAAUUCCUAUUUGGGCAAUAGAUAAACUUCAGGUUUGGCUCGACAAAAUCUAUGCGCCCGUCGAAGAUACAAAUCAUUUAAAACGGCUAAAGCGCUCGAAUCAACAGAGUACAACCAGAGAUUUAAAGGUCAGGCACCUUAAGGGUCCAUAUUUAAAAUUUGAAUCCUUUCAAAGGAACACUAGACCUGUAUUUGUUGAACUGCCUGUGUGGCCAACGCUGAAUUUUUACGGGGAUCCAGGCUCGUGUCCUUUCAAUACGAAAAGACGAGAAAAGCUGGAAAAAUUGCGGAAAGAAGUAAAAGAAAACAGGGAAGGUAUUCAGCAUAUCAACCAAGAGGAGGAUAAAGAAAUGACUCGGCGGCCACGUACAACUACUCGUACACGUAGAACAGAACAAUUAGUAUCCGGUUAUUGUGAAAUCUGCCGUAUUAGUUAUCGAGAUCUAUCGAAACACGUUCAAAGCGAUCAACACCUAAGCUUUGUUCAAAAUGACGAUAAUUUUUUGUCCUUGGAUACGCUAAUUAAUGCAGGAGCCAACGUAGAAGCGUUUUUAAAGCUAAACAGAACAAAAAAUAUAGAAAAAGACUGCAAAUUGUUUUCCAAUGGAGAUCGUAAUCUUCAUGAUCCAGUACUGCCAGAAGGACAAGUUAAUAGAGAUACGAAAAGCUUAGGAGAUUUUGACGUAGAAGAUGCAAAAAUGGGACAGUGUAAUGGAAAUAGUAGGAAUCUCAAUUUAAAGUUAAGUUCGCCUCAUAAUUUACGUACUCGCUCAAGACACGAAAGUGGACACUUAUUAAGGUCAAAAGGUAGCCCUUGGCACGAAGUCGACAAGACAGAAAAGUUUUACGAUAAACUCGAAGGGUUUACCAUAAAGAAACGAGCAAAAGGAACAAUUUGGAUCGAAGAGGACGACCCGGAAGAUGACUUCGCACAGGAAGACGAACUGAAAGACCCGAAGCACGAUGAUUAUAAGAUCAAAACGUUCGCGACGGAAUUGGAGGAAACAUGUACCGAAGAAAAGAACUGUAACAUCAUGUGUAAUAAACGUAAAGAUCUAAAUAAUCAAGUUGUACAAAGGACAAUAACUUGUGCUCCUCGAGAGGACAUCAGCACUACGGAAUGUAUUAAACAAGAUCGAAGUCCUAUAAAAAGUAGGAAUUACGAGCAAAUAAAUGGCAGUAUAAGAAAUGAUUGUAGUGAAAAUAAUUUAAGUGCAAAAGAUAAUGAUUUUGAGACUUGUAAAAUACCUAAAGCUGAUUCUUUAAAAGAAUUGAAUUGCAAAGAACAGUUUGGGAAUGCGUCGAGUACAAGAAAAAUGUCAGAGGAGCGCGAGGUUAAUGGGGAGAACGUCGUCUGUAACGGACACACCAUAAAGGUCGAGCAGAAGGUUAAAGCAUCGAACGAUGCCGAGAAGAACGAGGCGAAAGAGGACAAACCCAGAUACAUGAAGACAGGUAGAAGAGGAGGUAGGAGCACCAGAGGGCGACAAAGGUUAUCCGUGGAGGAGCGUCUGAUCGAAGAUAAUCGUGCUUACUACAAAGUGGAAGUUUUAGGGAGUAAAUUAAGGUCAAGUGUAAUGUCGAACAAUAAUUCGCAAUGUACUGUACAGAAGGAUGGAGACAGCGAGGAAAAGAAAGAAGUGCCAUCUAGUGAAAAACCAGUAGUUGUACGAUUUAAGCGUGUAAGAAAAUCGGAACUGUCGUUGUUAAGUGAUGAAGCGGAGUCUUUCAUGUUCGGAGAACUUAAGCGAGAGGAUUCGAGCGAAAUCAGCGACGGAGAACAGAGCAGUGUUUUACCGAGAGAUACCGAAAGCGAAUGCAACGGUACCGCAAACUCGAUAUGUCCCAGUUCGUCCUUUGACUCUAGUUUACCCAUCAAGUCAGAAGUCGUCGAAGAAGAUUCACAGGACUCCAUCGCGAACGUGGGCCGAGCCAGAAAGAGAAGACGAACGCAGGCCGAGGCUCUCAUCAAAGACAACGUCGACUACUACAAAUUCGAAACACCAGGCAGUAGAUUAAGGUAUCAAGCUCCCCUGACCGGCAUCAAGGAACCGAUGACCGAACAAACAGACAAACCAGAAGAAACUGCGGAGACAGCAGAAAAAGAUGUGGAGAAGAUGUAUCCGUCCAAACCCUCGCCAGAGGUUGAAAAAAUGCAAUUCUCUUUUGAGGCCAUACCGAAAUCCGAACCGUGGUAUCAAACGUACCAGCGUCAGGACAACGGAGCCGAAUUCUGGCACUACUUCAGCGAAGGAGACACGAAGAAGCCGUUUCUUUUACCCUACGAGAUUGAAAAUUUUCACGAAAUUUUGUUAAAAAAUCAAAAUAGGAACGAGAACAAGAAAAAGGGUCGCGGACGAAGCGUAGGUUGCGUCGGACGGUCUCCCAGAAAGAGCCCCCGUUGCCACGCGUCUACGUUAGCUAUUAUGUCGACGAUAAUUAGGAAAAGAGAACAACAGCAGCACACCUCGGUUUCGUGUACGUUAGACGAAUGCCACUCCGUCAGGUCGCGGACGAACACUCCCAAGCCUGAUCACAAGCUCGAGUCAAAAUCGGACAUAGACGAGGAACUGAAGGAGAUGGUGAAGACCAUCGACGAGAUGCUCAACGCAGACAACUUAGGGUUGGCCGACUCGUUCGAGCUGGACACGCAAAUGGAAUUGAACCCCGACGAACCAAACAUUCCCAAGGGACCACCUUCGAAUCUGCUCGAGUUGCUGGACAGUUGUCACGAGAUUACUAAUUGUUUAGAGAACUCCUCGUGCGCGAGUUCCGAGUGCGGCGAAGGCAACAUCGAGUCGCCGCUGAAGCGGAGGAAAAAGAGGAAAAACAGAACAGGGUGGCCCGGUAACAAAAUGAAAAGGAAACUCCAAAGUAAGCCUCUGACAGAUGACUGCGAAAGUUUAUUGGAUAAGGAACGGAAAAACGUGCAGGUCACGAACAGCGCUUCUAGGUUGACGGAAGAAGCUACGAGACUAGCGCAAGAGGAACACGCGUUGGGUUUCGAGCAGAGAAAAGAAGAUGGACGGUUGUUCGAGACGUACUCCUCUACCACGUGCCAGGAGACGGAGAAGAAAGAUCAGAAUAUGGAGCUACUUGAUAAUUCCGCGUUACAUAUGAAUGCGGAGGCUUGCAUAGAUUCCAUCGCGUCCGACAUCUGCAACGACAGCGACUUUGCAUUGAACGAAGACUACGCGUUCAGGAAAAACUUGUCCGAGUCUGAAGAAAUCUCCGAGAACGACCCUGGGAACGACGAGAACCACGAAAAUGUCUUUCGAAAGGAUGUUAAUUCUAUGUCCGAGCGACGGUUCAUCUCGAAAACGGCUAUAAAAAAACGUCAGCGAGAUAACGCAUCUUCGGAGACGUGCGAGACGCGCGUGGACCUUGAGAAGCACGAUAUUUUAUGCAGGAAGGAUUCAGAGUCCGGAAUAAUUCACAGAAAACAUCAUCGCUCGAACGAGUUGGCGAGAAAACGGCAGCAGAAGAAUCAUCCUGAAAAUUCUGACACGGAGAUCGGGCAUCACGAUAAUGCGUACAAAAAGAAAGUGACCUCGCGUAAACGAAUGUAUCCUAAGAAGCGCGCGAAAAAGAACAAUGUAACCUCGGACGCGGUGUUCGACGACGAGAACUGUAAAAAAGAUUCGUAUUUAAGUAUUAACUGUAAAAAACAGAGCCUGAAGAGCGUGAAGCGACAGACUGAUACUAUGUCGUCGGAAGCGCGGGAUUCCGACGUAGAGUGUGCGUUGUCUGGGCGGGUUAGUCCUACGAUUAUGGCGAGUUCGGAGCUUAAACAGAGACGCUCGAGUAUCGAAUUUCAGCCGGUUGUUAGAAUGAUGAAGAUCGACGACAAAGUCGAGACGGACCACAGUAUUCUUUCGGUUACGAUCGCGAGUAACAGACGGUUAAGAAGUUCCAGUUCUUCGAGAUCAAAUACUCAACCACCGAAGAAACGUUUGAAGACCAAUCGCGGUCAGUUCGGGAGGUGGUUGAAAAAUAGCUGAAAUCCUCGAUAAACUUUUUGUUAUAGGUUAACUUUCAGUGUCGAGAUGAAUUUUUCGGAAAUCUCGAGGCUGAAAUUUAAUCUAUAUUCGUCAAAUGUACAUUUGUGUAUAAAAUAUUAUUUGUGUAUGUAGAAUAGUAUUUAACAUUAUUGGCACCAUU